GCUAAUUGAAAACGCUCCAUUAUAUAAACCACUCCGGUAGAAGAAUUAAUAGUAAUAUAAGAUUUGAAAAUAGAAAUAAAAUAAUGGAGAGGAAAUUAUAUGAAAGGAAUGAAAAAAGAAUGACUGAAAGAUGGGAGAGGAAACAUGAGGCGUUGUUCACGGCCGCCGCCAGACACCCUUUCAUCAAAGCCGUCCGCGACGGCGCCGUUCCCUUCUCCUCCUUCAAAGCCUACCUGGGGCAAGAACACUGGCUGGCCAGAAACGCCAUUGUCUCUUUCCUAUCGAAUCUCCUGCCCGAAUCCAAUGAGGACGCAAGCCUGAUUCAGACCGGAAUCCGGUUCAGAAAUGCCGACCAACACAAUGCUGAGGAUCCCCUGCAACCAACACAAGACCUCUCUAAGUUCCUUCGGAGCCUUGUUGGUCCAGAGGCAAACUACGUGGUCGGACUGGCAGUGCUGUGGGCGAUGGAGAGCGUUUACCACCGCGGCUUAAGUCACUGUUUGGAGGACGGAUCCCGCGCCCCGGCAGAGACGAAGGAGGCGUGUCGGAAGUGGGCGGACGAGUGGUUCGGCAACUACUGCCUCUCCCUCCAGAGUGCAGCGGAUCGUGCGCUGGCAGAGGUUUCCGAUGAUGUUGUUGCGAAGGCCGAGGUUGCUGUUCUGCAGUUGCUUGAGAUUGUGGUUGAGGUGUGGAAUGCCAACAUGAGAACCAUGCAACCAAAUGCAAUCUAAAUGGAUUAAGAGAGUCUUUGGCAUGGAUUAAGAGAGUGACAGUGAUUAAGUUAUAGGUAAUAUGAUUUUCACAAAAAAAACAAGCAAAAAGACUAUAUAUUUGCUUCUCCAAAAUAAUGUUCUCAGUACAAAAUAGUGGUGGAAAAAACAAAAGUUAACAUGCCAACAGAGGCUAUGUUGAAACUUAAAUCUUUCCUCACAAAAUAAGAGAAAGUUCGAAUU